AUGAAGCGGAAAGGCAAGACCAUUCUCAAGAAAACAAUGACUUCAUUAAUGUUUGGCACCAUGGGACAACAAAAACAGGCAAGAGCAGAUUGUGAUGCAGCUGGCGGAGACAAAAAGGAGGACGAUGCCACCAAUGAAGAUGGUGAUGUAGAGGAUGGUGAAGAUGAUGACAAUGAUGAUGAUGUGGACGACGAUGAUGUAGACAACAACAAGGAUGAUAAUGAAGAUGACAGUGAUGGCGAUGAUGAAGAUGCCAACAAGGAUGAUGAUGAAGAUGACGACAACAACACUGCUGCUGGUGACCUUCAUGAUUCAACAGGCAGGUAA